AGUUCCCGCAAACCUGUAGUAACACCAUAGUCCUCGUCCAGCAAUUCUGUUCCAGACGACAUCGUUUGUGGAGAAAACUGCUCUUUCAUCUGCGUAGCUGUCUACACCUACAACAUUUACAUUUACAUCACGAUCGCUUGUUUGAGCAUCAUCAUUUAAUAAGUCUGUGUACAUCUACAUCUGCGACGCCCAAGAUUUUCAUUUUUCCUGCACUAAAGGUACAAACUUGCUAAGACCAUGCCGACCGGUUCCGGCGCGCAGGCUGGUCUCCCGUGGGCGCCUGAGGUCGGCGCCGCCAUUUUUCGCACCAUGGACGAGAAUCACGACGGCAAGUUGACGGGCUCCGAGCUUGAGAACGCGUGCGAAAUUCUGGGCAUCGAUUUGGAGGAACUCCAGACCGGGAAGACGUACCAGGGCAAGCCGAGUGAGUUGAAGGGGUUCGUGAAAAACUACUAUGGCCCGAACGCGGAGAUCCUGGAGGGUGAAUUCCUUUCCUUCACAGAACACUUGUAUCUAUCCUGUGCAAAAGUAUCGUACUAGUAUAAAUUGCAUUACAAAUUCACUUAGCAUUACAAAUUAAAUUUGUAAUGCGGAUUCGCCUUAAUAAAGAGAUUUGUAAUGCAUAAACGCAAUUAGUACGAGUACGAUACUUUUGCAAUGCAUAGUAUCACGAAGGCGCCAUCACGUACGAAAACUUGUUCGAGAUGCUAUCCUAUGAAUUGCAAAUAUGUCUGGGUCUGGAACAUUCUAAACUUGUGAUGCUGUGUCUGGAUUCUAAAAAAAUUUGUAUUGCAUGGCCAGCAAGAGGACUCCACUUUGUGCUACGCGGAGAGGGCGUUUCUGAUGCGGUAGAGGUAUCACAAAGCAAUCGAAAAAUCUGUGAUGCUACGGCAUGCCUCACAGACAUCGCGGGUCAUGGAAAAUAUGCAUGACAAAUCUAGAAAUCUUCCAGACCCAGACAUUUUUGCAUUUGAUAUCUCCGGAGUCGGCGGGGUGGCGUUGGAGCCCUGGGAAAUCGCGGAACUGAACGAGGCGAUGGACCUUAUUGACGAGGACGGAAAUGUAUGCACUGCAAAAGUAUCGUACUACUAGUCGUAUUAGUAUAAAUUGCAUGACAUAUUUUGGCAAGAAGGAAAGUGGAAUUUGUAAUGCUGUUUUGCCCUAGGAAACAUAUUUGCCAUGCAUAUUUGCAAUUAGUACGAGUGCGAUACUUUUGCACAGGAUAAAAUGGCGAGGUGAACGGCGAGGCCGAGUUGAAGAAACUGAUGUACUACGCGGGACAGAGCGAGGCUCUCGCCUAUCCUGUGCAAAAGUAUCGUAUUCGUAUAAAUGCAAGUCUUGCAUUACAAAUCUUGCUCUUAAGGCAAAUCCGCAUCACAGCUUCUGUUUCUCAUGCUGAGGAAAUUUGUAAUGCAUUUAUACGAGUGCUGCGAUACUUUUGCAAUGCAUAUCGCCCCCCACGUGUUGAAAUUCUUCGACGACGAGGACAAGGGAAGCCUGAACUUGACGCAAGUUCGCGACUUUUUGCAAAUGAUGAAGGCGGCGGCCUUGUACGUCUGGGCCGUGAACAAAAACGCCUUUGAAGAUGUUGUUCCAGAAGGUGGAGCUCCUCCUGGAGCAUCUACAUCUUCGAAGAGCUCUUCAGCCCUGUGUCUGAACGAUGUAAUAGCGCAGUUGAAGGACCGCGAGGACAGCCUGGGUUUCCCGGAGGGAAUGCUUGUGGCGAUGAUCAAGGACCGGGACAAAACCGACCCGGGGAAAAGCUUGACGCGGCAGGAGUUUGACACGAUUCUGCUCGGUCGUCCGGACAAGGCGCUGCAGGCGCUGCGGGACCUUCAAUUGUGCCAAGGCGCGAACCUCGAAGAAAUGCUGAAGGGACUACCCGACGACAUCGCAGAUGACGCCGGUGUGGAGCCGUGGUUAUUCGAUGGCGACGACGAUGAUGAUUCAUUCGGAGGAGCUGGAGCGAUGUUGGUUGCCGCGAGUCCAGCUCCACCCGCAGGUGCGGCAGCGGCCGAGGCGGCAGAAAUGAAGAAACUGGCGGAGGAGCGAGCGAAGAAGGAGGCGGAGGAGAAGGCGAAACGAGAGGCCGAGGCGAAAGCGAAGCGCGAGGCGGCCGAGAAAGCGCGAGCGGAGUUGGAGAGGAAAAAAAAAGCCGCAGAGGAGGCCCAAAAGAAAGCCGUGGAAGCGGAAAAAAAAGCCGCCGAGGCGGCGCAGAAAGAGGCGGAAGCCGCCGCGAAGGUGGCCGCCGAGGCAAAGAAAAAGGCGGAAGCGGAGGUCCGGGCCAGUGAAGCGCGGAUUGCGAAGGCGCGGGAGGACGCCAAGCGCGCGGCGGAAGCGGAAGCGCAGGCAAAGGCCCAGCAGGCGGAGGCCGGGCGGGAGGCGCAGCGACGCAAGCAGGCCGAAGCGAGAAAAAGGUUGCAAGAGGAGGAGAGGAGGCAGUAUGAGCGGGAGAUCGCAGAGUAUUUGGAACGGAAGAGGAAGGAGGACGAGGCGGAGGCGGAAUACCAGGCGGAGAUCGCUGAGCUGCAAAGGAUUUAUGACGAGGAGCAGAAGCAAAAACAACAAGUGCAGCAGCAGCAGCAACAAGAAGCGCUGGAAGCAAAGAGGCGAGCGGAAAAGGAGGAGAGGGAGUAUCAGGCGGAAAUUGCUGAGCUGCAAAGGAUUUAUGACGAGGAGCAGAAGCAAAAAAAACAACUACAGCAGCAGCAACAACAAAAAGCGCUGGAAGCAAAAAGGCGAGCGGAAGAGGAGGAGAGGAAAUAUCAGGCGGAAAUUGCUGAGCUAGAAAGGCAAUAUCAGGAGGAGCAGACGAGGAAAAAAAAACAAGAACAACUACAGCAGCAGCAACAACAAAAAGCGCUGGAAGCAAAGAGGCGAGCGGAAGAGGAGGAGAGGAAAUAUCAGGCAGGGGUCGCUGAGUUGGAAAGGCGAUUUCAGGAGGAGCAGAGGAGAAAAAAUCAACUACAGCAGCAACAAAAAGCUGCUAGUGCUUCAUCUUCCUCCCCCGCGAAGCCACCGGCACAGCAGCCACAGAAGCCCGCACCCCGCCCCCCACCAGUCAACCCGAACGAGUGCAAGUCCGACCCGCACUUUCCGAUCAGCAGAAUAG